GGGAGGUAUUGGCGUUUUAAUAAUUGUCAUAAACUGUUCAGGUAUAAACAUCUAUAUUUAUCUACUAAAAAGGAAGUUAUAGUAAUAUAUUUGGAAAUGUUCCAUCUUUGUGACUUGCUUUGAGAACAUCAGUUUGCUUGUCUGCAUUGCACAAGAUGGCUACACCUAAUGUAAUUGGUAAAAGUUGUGGUGAAUUUACUGUAGAAAAACACAUUGGGAAAGGAACGUUCGGACAAGUGUAUUUAGUUACCAGAACUGAUCAGAUCCCCUCAAGGACAGGGUCAUUUCAGCCUACAAACUAUGCUAUGAAAGUCAUCAAUUUAAGCCGAGCGAACGGACGAGAACAUGAACUUCUAGACCGAGAAACUCAAAUACUAUCUGACCUCAAGCGGUUCAAACACCAGAAUAUAGUUCAGUACGUAGAGUGCUUCCGCCAAGGAGAUAGUGCUUAUAUAAUAAUGGAGUAUUGUGAGCGUGGUACGUUAUACGAGUACAUCCGACAAAACAAGGUCGUCUCAGAAUAUAUGUUUGUAGAAUUCGUCAGACAGAUGGCGUCUGGAUUAGAAUUUCUUCACAGUAAAAACGUACUACACAGAGACGUCAAAAGUAAAAACAUUUUAUUGACUGCUCAUAACGACGUCAAAAUUGCAGAUUUUGGCGUAGCAAGAGAGAUUCCAGUAGCGGCUCCAGGUAAUAUGUCUGUAUUUAUCGGCAGUCCACAAUACAUGAGUCCAGAGAUGUUGGCAAAGAAACCUUAUGAUGAAAAGACUGACAUCUGGAGUUUAGGGUGUACGUGUUUUGAAAUGGGUACCGGUGAUUAUGCAUUUCAAGCAAAAAAUAUACAGCAGAUCAGACAACUCGUUGAAACGAAACAACUUCCACCAAUGAAGAACGCUGAUUACUGUGACGACGUUAAGUCUAUUAUUAUGUGGAUGUUACAAAAAGAAUCUGCCAACAGACCGACGGCUAAACAAGUAGGAGAAGCGAUAGCUAGUCAUAAAUGUAAAAAUAUUGGCACUCAUACUGCAGUAGAGUUGUCAAAGGCUGUAGCAAAAGUGGCACCAAGAAAAAAGGAACCAAAGACACCGAAGACAAAAACAGACGAUUCUAUUGGAAAAGAGAGUGGUGUGUUUAGUGACCAUCAUUCAGAAGGUGGAUUAACAGAAGCAUCUGUAAUGGGAGCUACAAUGAAUGAAAUAUCAAAUACACAGAAUCAACAGGAUUACCUUCAGAAACAGUCAAACAAAUAUCAGGCACAAAUAGUUCGAUUAAUGGGUAGCAACAAAGCAAGUGAACAUGUGACUAAGAUUAUUAAAGUAUGUCGUAAACAUUCAACAGACUACGAGAAAAUAAAGACUGUGGUAAGAAAGUAUGUUCGAGAAGACCGUUACGAGAGGGUUUAUCCACUUGUUCUAGCAUUAAAAGGGGUAGAAGAGGCCAUAUCAUCACAGAACCAAUCUCCAUCACACGGCGAUUCUAAAACCGAUAGAUCAGAUACAUAGUGUACUUGAGUCACUUACAAACAAGCUGUAUAUUAUUUGAUGUAAAGUGGAUGGCCAGUGUCGGUGUCCUUGGACAAUGUUCACGAUACCUCAGACAAGAAUAAAGAUGCAAUCAAAAGGAAUUGUUUAGGAAAAAAGCAUUGUAGGAGUAAUGAAUAUUUUAUUUCGAGGCUAGUAGAUGUGAGGAAUGAUAUUAAAUUUUGUUCAUGUUUUUUUUGUAACCGGUGCUUUUUGUCAGGAUAGAUAGUCUCAUCAGCGGCAUUACUUACAAAUGUGUUAUAAAACAAAGUUUCCAUUUAUACAUUUCUUUUUUUCACUACUUUAGUAUUUGAUAUUUACACAUGUACAAUACACUGAUUCUCUAAUUUGUUUUAUUUUGUGCAUUUUGUGGGUUAUUGAAAACAUUGCAAUAAAUGUCAAAGAUAUAUCUAUAGCUAUCAUAUGAAAAUACACAUUGGCCUUCAACUUCACUUGAAAGCAUCUUAUCACAACUCUGCCAACCAGUACUGUAUAUGUGGUAUUUCUUAUACUGAGUCUACAAUAAACAAGAUAUGCAAUAGAUAUAUCCAUAAAAGUAAGCCUGUUUUAUAAUAUUAUAUGAGUAACCUUGUUGUUGUUUCCGUUAAAUUGGAAAGCUACUCCCUAUAUAGGUUUCUGCUGUUAUCUGUUUUAUGGUCGGGUUGUUGUCUCUUUGACACAUUCCCUUUUUCUAUUUUCAAUUUGACUAUUUAGUAUCUAUAAUCUUCAACAGAACAAGGAAACAUGACUCGUUCAAUAUCGUUUCUACGGUAAAAUAUUAACAUCUCUGUAUAUGAAAGUUUUGUUUUUGAGUACGAGCGUCAAUCAAGGAUUUGUAUACUAUACAAAUCCUUGCGUCAAUGAAUAAACAGGGGGAAUCUGGUUCCAGGCUCGUUUAGUGGCGAAGUUAAAAAUAAAAGUAACUUGUCCUGAAGUCUC